AUGGAGGUGACCACCGUGUCCCCAUCUCCUGCCUCACCCACUGAAGGAGAUGAUCUGUGUGAGACAGAUGUCACCAGCGUGGCCAUACACAGUGUGACACUGCUCAUCUGCCUCUGUGGGCUGGCUGGGAACGGGGCUGUCAUCAGCCUCCUCAGCCUGAAAAUCAGCCACUCUGGCAUCUUUCUCCUGGCUCUAACUGACUUCCUCUUCCUGCUCUUUGCGAUCCCCUCUGCUCUCCUCAUCCUGGUGGAGGACAUAUCCUGCUCUCCUGUCUUGCCCUUGAUGUACAUGAACUUUGUUUUCCAGCUCUCAGUUUUCUCCGGCUACUGGACACUGUACCGGGUGACGGAUAGCAGCAACGUGCGAUAUAUGCAAAACUUCUUCAAGCUCUGUUGUGACCUUCCUCUGCACCUGCUGUGGGUGCUGAUCCAUGUCCGAUACUGGGCUUUCUUUGCUCUCUUCACAGUCAUUCCCACAGUAACAUUCCUGUGCCCAUCACAUGAGCAGGAGCACUGCCGGGCAGAUCUCAUCUCCAUAUACAGCCUCAUCCUGCUCCUCUUUGUUGUACCCAUGCUCGUUUCCAGCAUAGGUGUUUUCAUUAAGGCCAAGUGGGGCUCCCAGCAGCAGCAACCCAAGAGGCGCGACAUCAUUAUCUUCGUAAUUGGGCUGUUCACUCUCCUCCUCAGCCUCUGCAAUUUCCUGCAGCAGCUCGGUUACAUCACUGUGCCAUCCCAGGUUCUUUCCCUGCUUGCCUGCAUCCACAGCACCAUCAAACCCUUCAUCGACUUCUUGGCAGGGAGGUGCUGGAGACCCUGCUCCAUAAAGUCCCUCAGCCUCUCCCUCCAGAGGAUCUUUGAGGAGGAGAAAGACAAAACUGCAUGCAAAAAUGAUACGACGUGGGACACAGGGGUAUGA